CAACAGCAAAGAAAGAGCAAGAUCAUCAAAACACCAUAACUUAGUUAAACUUAGAUUCUCAUUCAUUUUCAGGUAAACAUAUACAAACUUAACAUCAUGAAAGCAGACAUCAGAAACAGGAGGAUAAAAGAAACAAACACGGCGGAGCUUUCUGGGUAACAGAUCGGAGUCCAAUCUGGCGGAUCCCACCCACGAGAUCAAGCCCAGAUCAUUCCCCUCACUGCCUCCCCAGAAAGACUCCUCUGUUGCAGGAAAAUACCUAAGACGAAAACCCAAAAAGAAUGGACAAUCUUGCUCGGCUCAAUGAUCCUCCCGCUACUCUCAAGCAACACCCCAAACUCAGACCAAGAGAACCAACCCAAGAACAAAAAAAAAACUCCUUUUUCAAUUUACCGAUCCUUCCUAUUUAUACCCCAUCAAACAAAACCCUAACUCCCUUCUUCUCUCCUCAUCCAAACCCUUCAAUUUUUCUCCUUUUUCCUUCCACCGUUGAUCGGGUGAGGCCAAAACUGGCCCUGCAGGACAGCCAAGAAAGCUGGAGCGUGAUGUCAUCCUGCAGGCUUAUCUCAUGCUCGGUUGACUGCCACAUAGGCGCAGGAUCUAUCUUUGCAGCUGCAGGAUCUAUCUUUGCAGCUGCAGGAUCUGGUUGCAGAAGAGGGGCGGCGCAGAGAAGGGGGCUGCAGAAGAGAGGAAAGAUUGAUGGGGAAGGAGAAGGUAGGCGGAGUCGGCUGCAGCAGCAAAAGGGCGCAGGCAGCAGGAGGCGUGGGCUGCUGCAGGCUCGGGUGCAGUGGCAGGGGGGCGGAGUCGGCUUGGUUGCAGAAGAGAGGAAAGAUUGAUGGGGAAGGAGAAGGUUCCAGAUCCCUUUUUCUUUUUUCUUUUUUUUUUUGGAUAAUUGGGUUUUAAGUUGAAAUGGGUUGGUGUUGGGUUGAGUUUGAGUAAUUGUGGGUUUUGGGUUUUGGGUAACUUUUGGUUUUGGGAUUUUGGGUUUGGGUAGUUGGUAGGCUUUGGGUUUUGGGUAAUUGGGCUUUGGUUUGGGUUUGAUGGGUUUUGGGUUUGGGUUUGUAUUUCACCCCUCCAACUUUUAAUUUCUUCAAUUGAGUCCCUUCUUUCUUCUUCUGGAAAUUUCCAAUUUCCUUUUGCAUGUAGCACCUGAAACAAAAUAAAGAUAUAUUAGUCAA